CCAGGAGUCAGAGAGGGCUGGCCGGGCUGGGCAGCUGCCCCACCGCGCUGCCGAGCACAUGGAGCUGCCCGGGAUGGGCCGGCACAGCCCGCGGGGACGGACGGCACGGCCGGGACACUGAGCGGGCUCCAGCGGGGCUUCCAGGACAGAGGUUCACCAGACUGCAGCCCCGAAUUUCAAAGGGUGACCUGUGACUCUGUCCCUCCCAGCUGUGCUCUCUCUGCCCACCACCAUGCGGAUAACAAGUGUGAUCCGGUACAUGGUGCUGCUCAUCACCCUGCUGGGCACAUGGUUCAUCACACAGACCUACUUCCACCAGAGCUGGAAAGCCGUCAGCCUGCGGAGCUGGCUCGGUGCCAUGAACAAGCCCAGCAGUGAGAAGCUGCCCCAGCACAAGUGUGGGAACCAGAAGAGCUGCCCCCAGAAUUAUUUUGCCUUCAGGAUCAUCAGUGGUGCUGCAAAUGUGGUGGGACCCUCGAUCUGCUUUGAAGACUCGGUCCUCAUGAGCAGCGUGAAAAACAACAUUGGCAGAGGCCUGAACAUUGCACUGGUGAAUGGAACAACUGGGCAGCUCCUGAAAACCAACUCCUUCGACAUGUACUCUGGAGACAUUACCAAGCUGCAAACCUUCCUCCAAGAGAUCAAGCAUGGCACCCUUGUGCUGACAGCAAGCUACGAUGAUGCUGCCACAAAGAUGAAUGACAAAGUAAGGGCCUAUUUCACGGAGCUGGGCAGCAACCACGUGGGCAAGCUGGGCUUCCGAGACAACUGGGUAUUCCUGGGAGCAAAAGGGCUGAUGAACAAGAGCCCCUUUGAAAAGCACAUUAAAAAUAAUAAAGAGACAAAUAAAUAUGAGGGCUGGCCUGAGCUGUUGGAGAUGGAGGGGUGUGCCCCCAGGAAGAUGGACUAGCAUCAAACUCCAGCCUGCCAUGGAGGGCAGCUUCACCAGUCAUCCAGGGACACCCACAGGACAACCCCAUCGUGGGGACUCCAGCCUCUCCACUGCCAGGCCACAGAGUCCAGCAGCUGCUGCCUUCCCACAGGAACUGGCUGUUUCACAGCAGGAACUGUGCAGGGCUUGGAGAAGAGCUGUACAAGUGCCUGCAGAGCCUGAGCAGACACAUGGCCAGGCUGGAGCCAAGCCAUCCUCAUCUAUGGGUCAACUUGGGGUAUUUUAUUUUUCUAUCUUUAAACUAUAGAACUUUGUAGAAGGUUUUGUAAAUUUCUUAAAUGAGAUUUCUAAUUAUAAAACGCUACCUUCUCCCUUCUAUUUUCAAGCAUAAUCAACGCUUUCACCCACAGGCACAGCAUGCCAAGUCCUCUGCCACCAGUCAAGCAUCACCAUCACCCAUCCCACAGCUCUGUACACAGGAGCUCCCCCUCCCCACAUGGCACAGGGUAAAGUGAUCCCUGGGGAUGCUCAGACUUUGGUGGUUUCCCAUUAGAGCUCUUGCCAAUGUCCUGUGGUCUCCUACA